CCGGGUCGCCGUGCCGCGCCGCGACCUGCAGACCCCGCCGCCGCGCCGCCCGGCUCCCACGCCCCCGCCGCCCCGCGCGGCGACUCCGCCGGCGCCCCGCCCCGCCCCGCGCGCUCGCGGCCCCCCGGGGCGGCCGCCGGGAGAGAUGCUGCAAGAAACUUCUUAAAUGACCGCGUCCGGCUGGCCGUGGAGCGUUUCUGGGUUGGGGAGAGGAAAGGAAAGUGGAAAAAAACUGAGAACUUCCUGAUCUCUCUCGCUGUGAGACAUGUCUGAGACUCCUGCUCAGUGUAGCAUUAAGCAGGAACGAAUUUCAUAUACGCCCCCCGAGAGCCCGGUGCCCAGCUACGCUUCCUCGACGCCGCUUCAUGUGCCAGUGCCCCGAGCGCUCAGGAUGGAGGAAGACGCGAUCCGCCUGCCCGCGCACCUGCGCUUGCAGCCAAUGUACUGGAGCAGGGAUGACGUAGCCCAGUGGCUCAAGUGGGCUGAAAAUGAGUUUUCUUUAAGGCCAAUUGACAGCAACACGUUUGAGAUGAAUGGCAAAGCUCUCCUGCUCCUGACCAAAGAGGACUUUCGCUACCGGUCUCCUCAUUCAGGUGAUGUGCUCUACGAACUCCUUCAGCAUAUUCUGAAGCAGAGGAAACCUCGGAUUCUUUUUUCACCGUUCUUCCACCCCGGAAACUCGAUACACACGCAGCCAGAAGUCAUACUGCACCAGAACCACGAAGAAGAUAACUGUGUCCAGAGGACCCCGAGGCCGUCGGUGGAAAACGUACACCACAACCCUCCCACCAUUGAACUGUUGCACCGUUCCAGAUCGCCCAUCACGACAAACCACCGGCCUUCUCCGGACCCUGAGCAGCGGCCACUCCGGUCCCCCCUGGACAACAUGAUCCGCCGCCUCUCCCCAGCCGAGAGGGCCCAGGGACCGAGGCUCCACCAGGAGAACAACCACCAGGAGCCCUACCCCCUGUCAGUGUCUCCCAUGGAGAAUAAUCACUGCCCACCGUCCUCUGAGCCCCACCAGAAGCCCUCCAGCCCCCGGCAGGAGAGCACGCGGGUGAUCCAGCUGAUGCCGAGUCCCAUCAUGCACCCCCUGAUCCUGAACCCCCGGCACUCCGUGGAUUUCAAGCAGUCCCGGCUCUCGGAGGACGGGCUGCACCGGGAAGGGAAACCCAUCAACCUCUCCCAUCGGGAAGACCUGGCGUAUAUGAACCACAUCAUGGUCUCCGUCUCCCCGCCUGAGGAACACGCCAUGCCCAUCGGGAGGAUAGCAGACUGUAGACUGCUUUGGGACUACGUCUACCAGUUGCUUUCUGACAGCCGGUACGAAAACUUCAUCCGAUGGGAGGACAAAGAAUCCAAAAUAUUCCGGAUAGUGGAUCCCAAUGGACUGGCUCGGCUGUGGGGAAACCAUAAGAACAGAACAAACAUGACCUAUGAGAAAAUGUCCAGAGCCCUGCGCCACUACUACAAACUAAACAUUAUCAGGAAGGAGCCAGGACAAAGGCUUUUGUUCAGGUUUAUGAAAACCCCAGAUGAAAUCAUGAGUGGCCGAACAGACCGUCUGGAGCACCUUGAGUCCCAGGAGCUGGAUGAACAAAUAUACCAAGAAGAUGAGUGUUGAAGGAACCAAGUCCCCGUCUCAGCAGGCGGGCAGCCGAGGGCGCCCUGCCUGCCAGGAUGGCUGGGGCAUGAUGGAGCAGAAGAAAAGAGACCCAGCCGUGGCAUUGACACUUAGGGACUCCGGAGCACCUUAGACAAACCACUCAGCAAAGGCGGUGCUGAAAUCCUGGCCGAGGGCACCAGCCUGGGACUCAUGUUCAUGGUUCCUUCUCCUUUGGAAUCUCCUCCGUCUGUAAUUCCUCCCCUCCACCUCUGCCUAUUGUUAGUUUCAUGGUGUUUUUGUUUUUUAAGAUCAUGCAGUUUGACUUUUCAUCAUUCAUAUAGGGGAAGACAUCCGAGGUUGUUUUCCUAUGGAAAUAUAUAUCUAUUAUAUAUAUAUUUUUUGCAGAUCUCACAAAGUGCAGAAACCCAACUGGUCAGGAGAGAGAACACUUGCAAAAGUGUUCAGGUUGCUCUUGAUCCUACCAUGUGGAUCAGGUUUGUUCCUGUGGCUGUUGGGUCUUGGCUGGAAAAGAAAAAAAAAUGCUUUUAAAAAAGAUAAA